AUGUUUGUGAAACUAAAAAGUACGCACUGCUGCUACCCGACCCCCGGAGAGUGCUGGUACAUCAACGGCAUCCUGGUACCCGAACUGCACGUCCAGCGGGGCCGGACGUACACGUUUCGUGUGGAAGGCGGCAACAACCCGCACAAUGCCCGCUACUACCAUCCCUUGUACAUCACGGACAGUCCCAUCGGGGGCUACGCUCGGCUAACCGACGAAGAGAAGAAGAGUGUCAAGAUUUAUGCCGGCGUCCAGUUCGACCGAAGAGGAAGACCUCAACCCAGUGCCGCUGGCCGGCUGUGCGCCUGGAAGUACAACACCUCGGAGCCUCGCCAGGCGGACGAGUUCAUCAGCUUCCCCAAGUUCCGCAACUCCCUGCGGCUGCAGUGCGACGACGGGCAGCCGGCCAUCCUCUCCUGGAUGCCCAACGAGAGCACGCCGGACGUCGUCUACUACCAGAGCUACACGACGCCCAACCUGGGCUGGAAGAUCGUCGUCGUCGACGAGAUCGUCACCGGAAACUCCAGAGCCAUUCCCGCGAUCACGGCCACCUCGAUGCUGUUGGCGCUCUGCCUCACGCUGCUCUGUUUACUCCGGGAGAACUAGCUACAACUGUGCUCCGUGCCUUCGGCUCUUCGAGUGAAUGGCAGCUGACUUUGUGCCGACACUAGAACUAUGUAGUUAUUAACAAAAGCGGGCUCCUCCUGACUCAAGUCUGCCUCAUGGGACUGACCUUGCGCGAAAAUGGCGUCCCUCUCGGUGGCUACCGAGGGUAGGCGGUGUCCAUUGCCCGACAUAGUUGCGUCGCUUUGCCGACGAUUGCGCCAAAAGCGACCUUCUACAGGGUGUUUCCGAAAGGUGUUCCGGCGUCGAGAAAGACGACGUAUAAAUAUUCCAAUAAAGAGAUUUCAAUAAAACUUUUCACAAAGGUGUCUUUAGGUGGUGCAUGUAUCCCACUCAAAUUUUGUUAAUGUAGCUUAAAGAGACAAAGAAAAAGAAAAAUAGAAGCUGCUAUUCUUGUGUACAGGAAGAAAAAAAGUCUGGCUGGCGGUUCUAAUCCCAGCUGGUACGACACAGGCUUGGAUCUGCUGGAUCUGUUUUCGUGUGUUCAUCUCAAUGAAGCUUUC